UCAUGAGUCUGGGAAAACUACCAGGGAUUAAAGGCCUUGUGUCUGGCUCUCAGGGUAAACGUCGCUUCAAGAGCGACCUCUCAGUGGACAUGAUCAGCCCCCCCCUUGGGGACUUCCGUCACACCAUGCACGUGGGCCGCGGUGGAGACGUGUUUGGUGACACUUCCUUCCUAAGCAACUAUGGGGGCAUCCGGGAGCCGGGAAGUCCGGACUCAGCGAGCAGCUCCAAGUCAUCCAGCUUCUUCACACGCACCUUUCGCCAUGUACGGAGAACCUCUGGACCUCGGCCCCGAGGGGGUUCUCGGGAUUUGUCAUCUCCACCUCCAGACAUCUCACCCAUCAUUAAAAAUGCCAUCUCUUUGCCUCACCUGAACAUUGACUCUGUCAAUGGGUGCCUACAGAGGGCGUUGUUCCCCAACUCCAUCAGCUCGGCGGAUGACUCCUUCUGCACAUAUGGUGUACAGUCUGGAUUUGUCACUCUGCCUCGAGUCUCUCGAUUUGAAAGACAGCUUCAAGGUGGCGACGUCUGGAAACCGUCUUCAGCAGACAAUGGUUGCAGCACCAUGACUCGCUCUGACUCCCUGACCUCAUUCAUUGUUGACCUUGGCCCUUCUCUAAUGACUGAGGUGUUUGCUUUGAUUGACAACCCUAGCUCUCUACAGAUAUCCAAUCACAGCCAGGCAGCAAGUGAGAAAGAGGAAGGAGAUGAAGAGGAAAAAGGUGACAACAGCUCUCUGACAGAGACACCCGUUCAGACCCCAACAGUGAGUUCCCCGAACCCUUCCCUAUGCAGCGGGUCUUUUAGGCCCAAGGAAAACGGAAGAAGUAGCCCUAACUGGAGAGAGCAUAAGGAGGACAGGGUGUCUGUGAGGACGCCUGAUGCGUCCUCCUGUUCUUCUCACAAGGAGGAAUCAGUUAUAGAGGCAGAGAGGUUCCAGAGAGCCGCUAAUGUACUCGCUCGGCAUUACGGUGGAGGAUCCUUUACAAGAGAAAUGAGCCAAAAAAGCCAAAAAACACCCCAUUCUUUAUCUGAAGAGGAGGAGAUCAAAGUAUAGACAUUAGGAAUGGAAACUGUCUGGAUCAUAUUAUUGUUGGAUUAAUGUCACAAAUGUGGGACAUUUUUCUCGUUCUUGGACUCUUGUUGCUACUUCAUUAGAUUAUUUCUUGUACAAUAUAAUGGACUAUGUUCAGUCUGUAAAGGAAAGGAGAUUUAUUAUCUGUCUUUAAACACUGCCCACCUGGUUUUCUAUCACUGUAUCUGUGAUAUAUAAACUAACACUAUGAAAGUAAGAGGCUCAGAAAACACAUAUUUGAUUAGAAAUGUUUUAAGGUGGUUUGGAAAACAUUUAUACGGACAUAUAUUCUAUAUUUUUAUCUUAAUGCUGAUAUAUACACUUUAUAAAUAACACUUUUGUACAUUUCUCGAGCUAUAAUAUUAAUCUGUGUAAAUUGUUUCAGCUUCCUGGCAAGUAUAUACUUAGAAAGGUAGGACUUUCGACUCUUAAAUGAUUUAAUGCACACCUGUAACAGUCUAAUUUGUAAUCAGAGUUGGUGCUUUAGUAUAUUUUAAUUGGUUUGUCAUUUCUAGAUAAUAUAAAUAUGUAUUUCUCUA